AUGAGCAUCGUGAACCGCGGCCGCAGCGGGCUUUCCACCGCGCAGCGCAGCAUGUGCUACGAGACGCCGCAGUCAGAGAACACCAAGGGCAUCACCUUCACGAGCCGCCCCAAAAUGCUGCAGCUGGUGAACGGCGAGCGCGACACCAGCAUGUCCAGGCUCGGUGCGUACAACCUCGACAAGUUCUCCUUCCUGCAUUACGUCAUGGGCCAGAUCCCAGUCACCCAGCACGUCCUGCGCCUGGGGAAUACGGGCUUCUCCAAGAGGUCCCACCAGGUCUGGUGCAAUUCCGCGGUGGGUGAGGUCGGCCAGGGCUGCGAGGGGUCCAAGGAGUUCUUGCGCGGACAGUUCGGCUGGAUGGGCCGGCACGCCGCGCGGAGCGACCAGCGGCGCGUCCCGAACGGGUUCGCGGCGUCGAUGCUGGACGCCGCCGUCCGAGCCGUGAACGAUUUCAAGCUCCAGUGCGCGGAUACGGACAUCCACAAGUUCGCCAACGUGGCCAUGCGGUCCACGGACUACUGCGCCAGCCUCACCAAGCUCGGGGAGCAGCUGACUGGAACGGCGAGGAACAGGUGGAACUUGCACGAGGCGGCCUGCGCCGUGAACCAUUGGAUUCGGCAGCUCGAGACGCACCAUGGCUUCUACCAGUGGCACGCCAGUCACGGUCCAUCGGGCCCUGGCGGCGGCGGGCCGCGGGGCCCUGGCGGCGGGGGCCCACCCGGCACUGGCGGCGGCGGGCCGCCUGGCCCUGACGAGGCGGUCCAAGCGGAGCCCUUCACCAUGAAGCAGUUCGAGAUGCAGCUAAAUUCUGAGAUGUGGCUCCAGCGCGCCAUCCUCGCGCACGGCAAGGCGAAGGACGGCGUCUUGUGCCGCAACGACUUGCGGGUGAGCAUGAAGCAGAAGUUGAAGGAACGCGGCAUCAAGCGCCCCAGCGGGCCGCUGAAGGAGGCCAUGGAGGCGCUCCAGGCCGCCGGCGUGCUCGUCAACGUCGAAGCGGCGGCGGCGGUGGCCCCGAACAAGAGGGGGGGCUGGCCAGUGGUGAAGAUAAAGAAGAGGCCGUGGUCCGAGGUGGAGAGUUCUGCCGUCGACGUCAUCAGGGCCUUGCGCCUCAACCAGGACCAGUUCGCCGAGUGA